UGUAUCGAAUUGUAGCACUCGCUCGUGCGAUACAUUCUCGUCUAUGCACUAUUAUGAUUCGUAACAAUCAAGCAAGCAGCAGUGUACAACAUAUAGUCUCGUAGUCCAGAGAAGAGAAAAAAGAAAUCCUAAACCUUUUUCGUGUGCGCCAAGAAUUUUUCACACUCACAAGCGGUAUUCAGAUGAAAUCUCAAUAAAAAAAGAAACAUUUUCCAACGAUUUCCAUCGCACGGCAAAUGCAAUGUAAUUUUUAAACACGUUGAUUGUGAAAACUUUGAAUUGUAUGGGAAACCCAUAAAGGAAAAAAUAUUUAUUGGCGUAAUACAAGUAUUCACAAGUGUGUGCGUUGUCAGGAUGUGGCUGCGAAGUGAGAAGCGAAGCAGCCGCAUUGCUCAACCAAAUGGCAAAUCAUCGAUAAAUCUGCGAAAAAUUAUUAAAAAUACUCCAGCUUUGAAGAAUCUUAAGCAAACCACAACGACUGUCACUUCCAAUCGGCGCAGCGGUGUUUAUUCAACGACAAGCUUAGCAAAUAGCAGUAGUGGUAGUAGUAGCAAGCAGCAAACAUUUCGUAAUAAUGGUGAUACAAAGCAAUCGCCAAACAUCAAGUGCAAUAUUAAAAGUCGACCGGCAAGCGUUAAGCGUUUGGGCAAAAAAACUGGCAGCUCAUUGAGCAAACGACAUGACCGAAAAAAAUUUGAACCAACAACAAAGCGAACAAGCGAAAAAUGUGUACGGGGACGUUUUGGUCGAAAAUCAUUGCGAAACAUCUCGGAAAUGGGAAAAGAAAAUUGCUGGCAAGAUGACCAGGGCCAAUUAGAUUUAUAUGCUGUGGAUAGUAAACGGAAUCGAAAGCAACGGACAACAGCAGCUGGAACCGAUGAAAGUGCCGACAGUGUUGGCAUUAAAAGCACAUUGCCAACACUUGAUACAAUCUGUAGCCUUGUUAUGGUCAACGUAUGUGAUUCGUGUAAACCGAGCACCACAUGCAGUUGUUCGUCAAGCUCAAGUCAAACGGACGGUAGCCAAUCAUCGAGUGGACCGAGCACACCAAAAAUCAACUGUGUCAAUUAUAUUGAAUGUGACAGCACAACUGACAAUGAUCGAACAAAUUUACCAUCUACUUCAAUGCUUGUUACGGUCGAUCCGGAAAUCGACUCAACCACCGAUUUGCUUCCAACUGAAGCAACAUCGUCCUCUUUAACAACAUCAUCUUCAUCAUCGUCGUCAUCAUCAUCGAUUUGUUGUGAUGCCGAAACAUUUGCGAUACAACCGAUUCAAGAUCCACAAGACGAUAAGUUACCAAAUCAAAAGCGUUCUCAAUUGACAACGGCCAAUUUGCAACCGCAAAUGACGACAUUGGCCACAUCCAGCAGUGCAUGCAGCAUAACUAACUUCCCAACAACGCCCGAUCUUAUCACAUUGUUCGACGAAGAAAUAAACAAAAAUUCAACGGACAUGUGUCAAUAUUCAGAACUAUUUCCAUAUAAUAAUGUUAUAACACAGGCACUUUUGAAUUGCAACGAAGUGAAUUCGUUGUGCGAACAGAGCACAUCAAAUGAUAUGGGCAAUUUGACAUUUUUAUCGUCGAUGAAUCAAACGGCCAUCGACAACUUAAAAGCAUUGACCAAUUUGCAAAAUCACUCAACUAGCUUCCUAUCGGGAUUGUCGGGGAUAGCGUUGACAAAAAAUAAUUAUAACGAAACACAACAGCAACAAGACCAACCGAAUCAGCAACAACAAAUCCACGAAAACGCAAAUGAGAUCCAACUUGAAACCGACGAAUGCAUGGAAAUUGAAGAAAUAAACGAACGGCAAGAGGAAAUGGCAUGGGAUGCAUUCGAUCCGUAUGUCUUUAUCAAACACUUACCACCAUUGACAGCUGAAAUGCGCGCAAAAUGUCCAGCGUUGCCACUUAAAACCAGAUCAAGUCCCGAAUUCAAUCUUGUCCUCGAUUUGGACGAAACAUUGGUUCAUUGUAGCUUACAAGAGCUAUCUGAUGCUAGCUUCAAAUUUCCAGUUCUAUUCCAAGAUUGCAAGUACACGGUAUUCGUUCGCACUCGACCAUGUUUCCGUGAAUUUUUGGAACGAGUUUCCACAAUGUUUGAAGUGAUUUUGUUUACAGCAUCGAAACGUGUAUACGCCGACAAAUUGCUCAACUUGUUAGAUCCGGAUCGAAAAUGGAUCAAGUAUCGUUUAUUCCGGGAACACUGUGUUCUUGUCAAUGGAAAUUACAUUAAAGAUCUUACAAUUCUGGGACGUGAUUUAUCCAAAACAAUUAUCAUUGAUAAUUCGCCGCAAGCAUUUGGCUAUCAACUCGAAAAUGGAAUCCCCAUUGAAAGUUGGUUCAUGGAUCAAAAUGACAGAGAGCUAAUGAAGAUUUUGCCAUUUUUGGAAUCACUCGCUGAAAUGCGUCAAGAUGUGCGACCCCACAUUCGAGAAAAGUAUAACCUGUACCAGUAUCUUCCACCGGAUUGAACUGAUCUGAUAAAAAACGGCAAUUAAAAAAAUAAAUCAAAUAAAAAUCCACAAAAAAAUCGAAUCUUCUCAGCAAUUGAAUAGGCAACUGUAUAUUUGACUCGACAACAAAUAAACACACAUAUAUUAAUUAUAUCCACACACAAUAUAUAUUAUAUAUAAAACGAGAGUUGGUAUGAAUUCGAAUUUAUACCAAAAAACAACCUGUUAUUGAAUCGCAUUGGCACUGUUCAUUUAUCAGCAACAAAUUAAAGAAGCAUCUAGUAAUUAAGAUUAAGCUUUUAAAUCAAUAUAAUAAUCUAGUAAUGUUUCAAAAACAUUUUCGAUUCACAUUAUAUUUUUUGUCUGCUCUUUUUGUUUUCUUCCGUUUUUGCUGAGGGAGCAAAAUCACCAUCAUUUGUUACAUCUAUUUAUAUUUAAAAUGAAGAAAACAUACACAAAUUAAAAAAAGAGACAUAAAUUAAAACUAUAUCAUUGGCAAUGAUUUUUGUUAUGAGAGAAUACGAAGAUUAAUCGGACGGGGAGGCUAGAAUAUUAUUUAGACUGCAAAAAAAACGUAUGAACAAAAUAACACACACACACAAAAAAAAAGAAAUCAAACAAACAUUCGUUGAUUCAUUUAUACAAAGAAUCUUUUCAACGACUUUUUGUGGCUUUUGUACGCUGAAUUUUGAAACGGAUGACCGUUAUUAUGGAUAAAUUUUUAUUGAAUCAAAAGAAAAACUAAUGUAGAAAACAAACGAUUCCCAUCAUAUAGACAUGGCAUCCCGUUUUCACUCCGAUAUCAAAAAACAUAAAUUACAUUAACCUAAAACUGAAUGAUCAUAUAUCCAAUAAAUAAACUAUCCAAUCGUAAUACAUUCAGUAAUAUAUAUCUUAUUAGAUGUGAAUACAGAAACACUUCUACCAUAAAUCGUAUGAAAUAUUUGAACAAUCGAUGCACCGAACCAAAUAUUGAUAAAGCACAACAAUCACAAUGCUAAUUCCAUUAAUUACAUCCUCUUUCGAUUUUCCGCAUCUCUAGAAAGAAGAAAACAAAAAUUAGCUUCGCACCACAUUCAGUUAAAAAUAUGACUCUAAAUUAGCCGGAGUGGAAAAAAAUAUUCCAAUGUUUAAACGUACCAAUAAAACAAAUCAGAAUAUUACAUGGUAAUCAAGAAAGUUUCAGUGAAACGAAUAAAAGUGGCAUGGUGUCCGUUUCAAUUUUAUUAGAUGUUGCUUGUUGUUAGAUAAAGUAAUGUGUCGUUGAGUCGUUCAGCAUGACAUAAUAGCAAAUAAAUAAGGAAAAAAAAGUAUAUAACCGAAAAUCGAUUUAAAAACGAUAAUCAAUUAACAAGAGAAAUUAGUAGUAUUUAUAAGGGGAAUAAACAUUCACCAUGAAAAUAAUCAAUAAUAACGACAACAAGUGAACAACAAUUAUAAUGAUUGAACAUUUUAAAUAUCACAUACAUACACAGUGUGUAUUACACACCAAUUAAAAAAAAUCCCCUGCGCCGAUUUGUUGGCAACAUAAAAUUGCCUUUCGAACAUCCUUUUUUUAAUGACAACCGAUUUUUUUUUUUACAUUUUCAAUAAAAGAAAUGACUCAAUUCUUCAACCAUUUCAAAUAUGCCUUCAAAUAAAUUAUUGGCGAAAGUGAAUCUGCGCCAACCACCUUCCCCAGACAACAUGCACACACACACAAACAAAAUAAAAGCAAUUUAAGUUUUUCUUAAGCCUUUCCAAUUUGUAUUCGUAACAAAAUGGUUGUAUAUUCUGGCGAGUGCAAAGCAAGCCUUAAGUGUUCUGUGUUCUGUUGAAUCGUUAGUGGUUUCAUUUAAAUACAAAAAAUAAUAAUAAUAAUAAUAAUAAUAAUAAUAAAGAAAUAACAAAUUCUAAACAGACACUUGAAAUAGGUUCUAAGUGUUUCUUUUGUGUGUGUUUUUGUUUGUUCAUUUUUUACUCGAGGUAAAAAUUAAGUUUUAUUUAUUCGAUCAGUUGCGGUCCAAAUACAAUGGCGUCUCACUUUGGUUUGCGAAAUACAAAUACCACAUAUAUAAAUCAUUUUGACAUUUUUUCAAUCACACAUACAUUACACACACUCCAAUGCUAGAUUUGUCAUAAAAAUGUUUUUAGUUUGACACAGAAAAUCUGAUUAGUACAAUGCAGACAGCCAAAAAAAAAAAGAAAACAAUUUUAUUUAUGGGACAUUCAACAUAUAAAAAAAGAAAGAACAAAAUUUAGAUCUAAAAAAAAGAAUAAAAUGAAGCGAACAUUAUGGGCUGUUUUAUUUUUUGUUGAAAAUGGUGCAAACCGAAAAUCUUCCGAGAAGAAUGGCAUAUUUUGGUCAAUGCCAAACAUAGUCUCCGAAAUAGCUCAUCCACAAUUUUAAUGUGCAUAUUUUGUACAUAUAGAGAAAACCACACAUAAUAUUCACAAAACUGACACAAACAAAAAAUGAAAUUAUACUGAAACAAGUUUGAUGUGAUGAAUAAGUAUAUUUUAAAUUUAUCUAUUUUAAUUUAGCUCACAACGUUUUUCUCAGUCUUUUUUUUUCUAUACCUUUUUCUGAUUUUGAAAAAUGUAUGUGUGCCAUACAUGCUCAUGGCCGAACUCCAAAAUAUAUGAAGAAGUAAAAGAAAACAAAAAACAAGCGCCAGAGAUUUUCAACUUUACACAAAAUAAAUGAUUAAUUAUGAAAAGAUGAAGGAUAAAGAAAAAAAAAAAA